CCUGCACAGCACACUCAUGUGCAUGCUUACAGUGGCAGUCAAGAUCAGCGGCUCUGAUCAGAGCUACUGGGAGUCGACUCACCGGGGCAGAUUUUUCUACGUGUGCCCGCUUGUGUGCAGGAUUUGAGGAGCCACUGAAGCAAUGAGAGAGUUGUGGUGCAGCUGUAAUGGGAACAGAAGCGUGAGAUGACUGGACACAGAUUUCUGUUCUGAUUGGGAGAUUUUAAUAAGGAGUGGCUUCUGUGGGUUUUACUCAACUAUUGUUGUGUCAAACUUUGGGCACAAGCUGGUGGGAGGCAGGUGUGGACUUCCUAGUCUCUGAACUGCAGGGUUCAAGUUUUCCCAAAACUUGUCCUCAAUCCUUUGUUGUGUAGCCAAAAUCUGUCCCCUGCUCGUCUUCACUCUCACCAGCACCACCAACAAUGGACCUCACUCUGUGGCAGUACCAGUUCCGGAUCAUCAUGCUGGGGGACUCCACGGUGGGCAAGUCCUCCCUGUUGAAGCGCUACACUGAGAACUCGUUCCUGGAGUCCAUCAACCAGACAGUGGGUGUGGACUUUUAUGUUCACUUCCUGGAGGUGGAGCUCGGGGUCCGUGUCAAGCUGCAGUUCUGGGACACAGCUGGACAGGAGAGGUUCAGGUCAGUGACCCGCUCUUACUACCGCAACUCAGUCGGAGGCCUGCUGGUGUUUGACAUGACCAACCGCGCCUCCUUUGACCAUAUCAAGGAUUGGCACGCCGAGGUGUGCGAACGAGUGCAGCCGCACAAGGUUAUGUUCGUCCUGGUGGGACAUAAGAGCGACCACGACGCUGUGGGAGAGAGGGCGGUGAGUCGAGAAGAGGCCCAGAAACUGGCCGGGCAGCUGGGGAUGCCGUACCUAGAGGCCUCAGCCAAGACGGGCCACAAUGUGAAGGAGUCUUUCGAACUCCUCGCCCGUCGUGUCUAUCAGGGUCUUUUGAGCGGGGAGGUGGAGCUUCAGGAGGGCUGGGACGGAGUCAAGUGUGCUGCCCCGCAGGAGCUGCAGCUGCAAAGAGCCAGUCAGGCUCCGGCCAGCACACCCUCCAACAGCAACAAGAAGUGUUGUGGUUGAACUGUGGACUGACUCUGGCAUUUUAGUGGUGACCAUCAGCAAACUCACCCAUAUGAAAUCCAUUAGCACCUUUUGUUGUGAGGAUACAAACUUCAAUACGUUAACAAGGGACUGAUUUGUUGAAACUUUUUGUGAUCUUAAAAAAACAACGGUUUAGUGGAGCUAGUUGCAUGGCUCUGUGUCCACCACUUAUUGGUCCUAGAAAUAUAAAACUGAAUCUAAGCCUCAUUUGCACUAUUUAGUACUAGUCUAGUAUAUUGAUAUAUGCGUUUAAAUAUCAAUAUAAAUAUGUUAGUAUUGUCUCUGUGAGCAAAGUGUGAUAAUAGCAUUUUGGCCCAAAGUGUACCCUGGCAACAGUCAGCAGAAAGAUUAGUGUUCUGUUAUGUGAGCUCCAUGGGCCACAGGUGAUCGGACUGACAGGUCACACCUUGACCGUGCUUGAGUAAAAAGACGGACUUGAUGACUUCCUGAGGCUGGAGCUGUUCCCUCGUUCAGAUCAGAUGUUUGUUUCCACCACAUUCUGUCUUCAUCUUCCCUUCCUCUGAGUCUACGACCUUUUGAGACCCGUGAGAAAAGUGGUAGUAGUUUCAACCCAGAAGGUCUGGGCUGUCCCAGGGUCCGUAUGAUAUAUGAGUAGGGCUAUUUUAUGCAUCGCUUUUAGAAAUCCCAAAUUACGAAUGGUUCAAAAUAUAACAGGGGGUGUAAGUAAACAUUUUGAGGACACGCAACCCAAAAAGGUUUUGGAACUGCUGACCAAGGAAAUUCAGUUUUUACCUCCAACCUUACAUAAAUCUGUGAAACUUGUAUUGUUUGUUCUGUCAAUAAAUGGCAGCAGUUAAGUUAUUGGGUCCCCUCGUUGAUUAUAAACAUCCCCUCAGGCCUUUAUGUGAACUAAUCAUCUGGACCUGGGUUGUUGUGUGGAAAGGGCUUUUGUUGUCACCUAUAACUGCACAGCAUCCUGCGUGUGACUGAUCGUUUUAGGUGCCUUUGUUGAAAUUAAUUAAAAGAAAACUCUGGGGUGCCUUUGGAUAUUGUUCUUUUGAAAUGUUGUAAGGUUUCCAUAGCAACUAAUGUUCAUCUGGCUGAUGAGCAACCUCCUGUGUUUCUGCAGAGGUUUAUUUAGUUAAAGACACUGAUCUGUGUCCUUGGUUGACAGCAAAUAUACAGCAAGUACCAUGACUCUAUUUCAACUUUUUUUUAAUGUUUUGCUUUCAUUUGACCCUUUCAAAUUAAAUGUUUUUCAUGGACAGUACAUUAGUGCAGUAUUUCUUUAACUUUACUGAUUGUCAAUCACAAAUAUGGAGAAUCUCAUUGAAAUAAAUGCAAAUAACUUGCAUUAGGUUAGUUAUUCAAAUGCUUUCCCCUUGAAGUUAACCCUUUCGUAAGUAUGUCCUAGCUAACUUCAGUGUGGCAACAGAGGCUAUACUCCAAAGCGUCUCCUUUUCUGAUAUCAGUAAUUUAUUUAUAAUUGUUUUUUUAAUCAGACGUUGUGAAAAGUCAAAAUCUGGGGAUCUUUUCUUUUACCAUAGUUUUAAACCAAUUUGGUAAAUUAGGCAAACUUCAAUGCAGAAUUUACAACUGUUGAAUUAAGUGUAAUAAAACCUACAACACUAAGAACCAAUACAGAAAAUACAUGUUAACAACAAAG